CCUCUCCCUUUCUCUCUCUCUCUCUCUUAUUCUGUUUCUCUUCAAAAUUUCCCAAAAGAAUCAAAAGUACCCAUAUAAAAGUUCUGCAUGAAAUCAUGAAUUGUCAAGAAAAUAAUAGUAAUACUUGUAAUUCUGCAAGUGAUCAAGGACAUGUUUCAAGUUCAUCUCAAGCUGAUCAUCAAGUUACACUCAUCCCUAUUCACAUGGCCAAAAACAAAGUUUCUGGUAACAGUAUGAGUGAACAAAACCUUGUUACGGAUAUGACAUCGAGAACAUUACAGCCUUCUUCCUCUAAUGAAUUUGUUCAGAUAAAAAUGCCUCCAAUACCCCCCACACCGCCCCGGUUUCCCAAAAAAGUAAACUUCAGUGUGGCACCAUCGGCUGACACUUGUUUGUUACGGAGUAAUUCAUCAAAGAAAAGUCUUUUACCAAAAAUGAGUUUUAAGAAUAGGAAUACUGUUUCAGAUGCAGCCGUAGUUCCAGCAGCCUCAGCUUCUGUACCACAUGAGAAAUCGUCCAUUGCUAGAUCAUGGUCACUUACAAAAAUGUUUUCACCUCUAGUAAAGAUGACACCAUCUUUACCUUUUACACCGAAUGGACAUUCAGACCCAGAGUCUGGGCUGAGAAGAUCAGGCGGGUCACUUAAUUUGCAGACUAAAGUCCACGAGCAUAUACCUCGAUCUCAAUCUGUCCCCAUCCUCAAUGAGAACAUGCGUAUUAAGAGAAUGGAUUCUUUUUUCCGUGUGGUCCCCUCAAUUCCAAGAGAGAAAGAUUUUGAUUCCAAGACCCCAACCCCUAUUGCUACUGACGAUGAAGCAGAUGGUGACGAUAUAGCCGAAGAUGAUGCCGUUUGUAGGAUAUGUUUCGUAGAAUUGUGUGAAGGUGGAGAAACCUUGAAGAUGGAAUGCAGCUGCAAAGGUGAACUUGCUUUAGCCCAUCAUGAGUGUGCCGUUAAAUGGUUUAGCAUAAAAGGAAACAAAACCUGUGACGUGUGCCAUCAAGAUGUUCAAAACCUGCCUGUUACACUUCUAAGAAUUCAAAGUAGUGUUAGAAAUCGAGAUGCUAGAGCAACUGCUUCCCAAAACCACCAUAUUGAAAUUAAUGCAUAUAGUGAUAUUUAUAGGGUGUGCAAAGAAAUGCCUAUUCUUGUGAUUGUUAGCAUGCUUGCAUAUUUUUGCUUUCUUGAGCAGCUUCUGGUUCGGAAGAUGGGUACAGGUUCAGUUGCUCUAUCUCUUCCAUUUUCUUGUGUAUUAGGACUUCUCUCAUCAAUGACUUCUUCUGCCAUGGUGAUACGAAGAUUUGCGUGGUUAUAUGCAUCAGUACAAUUUGUGUUUGUGGUAGUUUUCGCGCAUAUUUUUUACUCUCUGGUUGAACUUCAGCCAAUUUUAUCAAUACUUCUUGGAACCUUCGCGGGUUGUGGGGUUGCGAUAUGUGUUAGAUCCAUUGUUGUGGAGGUCGUGAGGUUGAGAAGAUGGUGGCGUCGUGGAUCAAAUCAUCAACGUGAUUCCCAAAUUGUUGAAAUUUCACCAUCACAGUCACUCCGUACAUAUGAUAUGCCUCUGCCACCACCCCCUCCUCCACCCUCUUAUAUAGCUUCUCCCGAUAUUGUUUUAAAUCCAGCACCACGAUAUGAGGCUGCACCACCACCACACGUGCUGUCACCACGACCAUCAUCGUCUCCCACACUGCACAUUGAAACUAGAAAUGCUGAAGCUUAUAAGGAGAUUUAAUUUGGUACUGAGUAGCUAUACAUUCAUUUGUGUUUUAUAUUUCCUUUCAAAGAAUGGGAAUGUCAUGAGAAAAGAAAUGGCCAUGAAUUCAAGAAAUGGAGAUCUUCAGUAGUGUGGAUACAUGAUUUUCAGAGUAUGAGUUCAGAUAUUAUAAAACUAUACAUGUUUGGGUUUUGAUCAUCUGUAUAAUAUACAUUUACUGCAUAUUUGUUGAAUUUUGAAAAUAUUUUAUUGGAUAAAUAUGGCAACAAUCGAUUUGGGUUGGUCUUA